UGAUACUCGCCGAGCGCGGCAGCUUCGCGAAGUGAGUAUAUACACUCCUCCACACACGACGGCUAUAGAGUUAGACCUGCAGCUGAAAGCCAGAAGCAAGGCAAAAUAGUGACGGACCCGUCGUUGAAAAAUUGGCGGGAAACUGUGAGUGCAGUGGCGGUCGAAGAUGGUGCAGGUUUUUAUGGUGCUGAGGUGCUUCUCGUGUGAGACUUUUCAAGUCCACCAGGUACGAAGCUAGCCGGUGUAGUUACGGUAGUCUCGGUAUACACCAAAAGGUGACCUGAUCUGGUGUUUGUUUUGCAGGUAAAGAAAAGCUCCAACAAGUGGUUGUGUAAGGUAUGCAACGAGAAGCAAUCAGUACAGAAGGUAUAUGGUCAGGGGACCGGAGCCGAUUGCAGACAACACGUCCAGAAACUCAACAUGAUGAGAGGAGAGAGAGAUAUGGCAGGGCAACAGAUGUUAAACCACCCCCCGGAGGACUACGCCAAAACGUUUGAUAGCGAACAUCGGCACAGCUGCCCUGAUUCAGGGCCACCAGAGCACCCGGUGCUACUGACAGAGAAAGGAAGCAAGUGGAAGAUGUACACUGAAUCACAGGACUCUGAUUCUGAAGAGGAGGUGGAUGGUGCUGGUUUGUACACGACCAACAAACCUGAGUUCGAUAAGACACACAAGAAGAUAAAAAUAGACUUAAAGAGGUUAGGAUCUGGCUCUUCAAAGCCACACCCACCAUCCAAAGUUUCUCGUACACGCAGUGGUCCAAACCACGCCCCCUCCUCUACUUCGGUGUCUCAUUCCCAGGCCUCCAUACACCCAUACUCGAUAGCGAGCGACGAAAUGGACCAGCUCUUGUCAGGAUCAAAGUCUUCGUGCUAUUUCCACUCAUCCAGUGACAGAUACCGCAAACUAGACGAUGGAACCGACAUUAAUACCCCCUCCUUGCACCCUUUUUCAAGCUCAGCAAGUGAAUCCGGCUCUUCUAAAAAACACGACGAAAAAUCGGAACCGUUUCGGAAUUCUCCGAAAGAGAAGCUGCAACGUUUGCAAAUGACACCAGAAGACAAAAUGGCGGUUAUUCGCGAGGAUAUCAGUCGGUUUUCAAAAAGCUCGGCAACUGCUAGUGGCAGUUCCGUAGCAGCUAGUAUCCCCGCCGUUUCUUCGAGGUGGUCAAAGUUUAUGAGCAAAAGUGAGGAAGGAGAUGAGGAGGAAGGAGAGAGCGUUGAAACCCACAUGCUACAGAGCAGAGUGGCCGUCGCAAGAUACAACUGAAGAAAUGUGCAUGUCUAGGCAUAAUCAGAACCCCUAUCAUCUCUAUUUGCGGUGUGCUAUUAUCUCAAUAAAUAAUUAUGUUAGUAAUAGUGCAGUCAUAACCGCAACAGGAAAGGAGCAAAAAAUUAGUCCCUGACAACGUAUGAAAAGUGGCUGAAUAGAGCUAUAUACUAGAGUGUGAGAGGGGGAAGGGAGAGAGAAAGAGACACUGUUUUCUGGUCUCUCAUGGAAAAACAGAGUUCGCCUAAAAGGGAAAGAAUCAGUCCUCAGUGGAGAAAAAUAAGAGAGUAGAGAGAGAAUCAGCGUGGAGGUAGGUGAGAGAGAGAUCACUGAACCCUGGAGAGGGAUAGGUCCAGGAGACUGUCAGAUACGAGAGCUCUGAGAGAUAGAGUCUGUCCUUUGACGAGAGGCACGUCUUCUUGUAGACAGAACACUGCCUGGUGCCAGUGCCUCCC